GGCCUUCACCUGCUUCACCACCAGUGAGCUUCAUCAGCAGAACAGAAGACAACCAGACUUCUGAUCCACAACACCACACUUGCUAGGUAGCGAGACCUGUCGAGAGGAACCACCGACCGGUGCAACAUGGAGUACGGCCAGCAGGGGCAGCACGGCCACGGAACCACCGGCCGCGUCGACCAGUACGGCAACCCGGUCGGCGGCGUCGGGCACGGCACCGGGACCGGGACCGGCGGCAUGGGGUACGGUGGGACCACCAGAACCGGCGGCAUGGGCCAGCUGGGGGAGCACGGCGGCGCCGGCAUGGGUGGCGGCCAGUUCCAGCCUGCGAGGGAGGAGCACAAGACCGGCUGCGUCCUGCACCGCUCCGGCAGCUCCAGCUCCAGCUCGUCCGAGGACGACGGCAUGGGCGGGAGGAGGAAGAAGGGCAUUAAGGAGAAGAUCAAGGAGAAAUUGCCCGGAGGCCACAAGAAGGACGACCAGCACACCACGGCCACCGGCGGUGCCUACGGGCAGCAGGGACACACCGGCAUGACUGGCACGGGAACCGGCGGCGCCGCCUACACCGAGGGCACCGGCGAGAAGAAGGGCAUCAUGGACAAGAUCAAGGAGAAGCUGCCCGGACAGCACUAAUUAAGCGCGGCCGCGCGGUACGCGCGAGAAGCCGUGUGCUUGUCUGUCACGGCGUUCCGAGAUAAUAAGAUGAACCCAGCAGGAAUGGAGUGUCCCUUGAACGCGUCCGCUCGCGGGGGGCGGACGGUUUGCACCUGUGUCCUAGAGGUUCUCCGUUUCACAUGUGUGUGUGCAGUGUAGUUUGUAUGGAACGUCAUACAUAGAGUACUGUACUGUGUAAACUGCUUUAAUGGUGUUUUUCUGAAUAAAUAUACGUGGUUUGUGUACGUCA